UUCAGCACACACACAGACGAAUCGCCAUGAAGACUGUAGGAAUCAUCGCCCUGUGCCUGCUGGCAUGUGUCUUGCAAACUUACGCCGCCGGGUCCUGCUCGAACCGAUGUGGCUCCAAUAACAACAUUUACGACUGUCAGUGCAACUCGCAGUGCAUCAAUUAUCAAGAUUGUUGUGCGGACUACUUCAUCAAAUGCAAAGGAGUCGACAAGCUUUACGAGUCAGAUCUGACCGCCCUCGCCGGUGACCUCUGGAACCAAGAUGUCAACCGACUGAGUAGCUCACAGUACACUAUCAACAAACAGACAAAACUCUCCGACUAUGACCCAGCAGUCGACAGGAGUUCCAGCAAAUUCUUUACCUCCGUGAAGACAAGCAAUCUGAAGGGAACAUGGCCGUCCUUCCAGAAUCUUCUCAAUAAUUACGUCAUCAAAACCGGUACAUCGGAACAGGUCUCCAGUGGCGAAGAGGCUGAGAUGGACACGUUCAUGAACAAGAUCAUGGCGACAAGUGUGAUGACCACUACCUAUGAACUACUUAACGAAAAAGGUUACUUCGACGACAAGGCAUCUUUCAAGAAGUACGUAGAGGGCGUGUGGUUUAAUCUCUACACCCGUUCUUCAGGGAGUCUAGACUCUUCGGCCUUUGAACACACUUUUGUUGGAGAGAUCAAGAAUAGUGCUGUGUCUGGCUUCCAUAACUGGUACCAGUUCUAUCUCAUGGAAAAGACUGGUCGUCUCAACUAUUAUGGAUAUGUCGAGGAAGCCAAUCCUAAUCUGAUCCUGCUUCAAUUCAGCGUCGACAACUACGUCAAGAAGCUGUCGUCGCUCAUGCACGGCGUCAGUCCCGAGUUCGAGCUCGCUCUCUUCACCACUUGUUUUGUUUCGAAUCCGGGUUCUUCCUGCUCUUUCAAACUUCAGGGAAGCACGGUUAGAAUUCAAACGUACGACUACAAUGGCGGUUAUAUCGGAUCCGCUUUUUUUAACGUGUAGUAAUUAUUGUCCGAAGAAGAUAGACCACAUCGUCACCAUUUUAAGGA